CUCGCCUUCAACGCUAUGACUGACGCUCCGACGGAGCAGCAGGAGGACAUCCUCCUUCGCUUUCAGGUACACACGUGGCUCACUGAUGCCUCCCUCACAGAGUGUCUGCCUGACACACUGUCAGGAUAUCACCCAUGCCGAGAGGUCGCACUCCAUCCGGCUGCUCGACUCCUGCAGCUGGGUCAGGGAGAGAGAGACGAAACAUGCCCCCUCCCACUCGUUGAGCCUGUGUGCUUGUCGUGUGUGAUUCGUCUCAGGAUUUGGAGCAGGCCGUGUCGCUUCAUCUCGCCAAUGCAGAGAUAGAGAGGCAGGAGACCGCACCCCUCAUGGCAGGCCACCACAACAACCACAACCACAACCACAACAACACCAACAGCAGCAGCGGCGCCAACCCCAGCGGACCAGUGGCGUCGUCGGUGUCCUCCACCGGCCCUCUGCUGCAGCCGCUCCUCACCGCAUCCGACCGACCGCCCGCUUCGUCAGUCAGCGCCCCCCCGCCCGGCGCACGCCACGAUGACGACGCCGUGUCCACGCGCAGCUCGGUGUCCAGCUGGCUGUUCUCCCUCGUGCACCGUGCAUUCGACACGGUCGUGAGUGUGGGCGGGUCAGUGCUGAGUUUCGUGUCGCUGUUCAUCUUCGGCCCGCCGAGCACAUCCUUCCCCCAGAUGUUCCGCAAGAAGUACGGCAACGGACCCCGGUUCCUCCCGGGCAGCUUCGGGGCAGCCGUGGCCGACGCCAAGCGGCAGCUCAAGCUGCUGGUGGUGUAUCUGCACAGCGACGACGCGGCGCCCACGGCCUCGUUUUGUCGAGAGGUGCUGGGCGACGAGUUUGUGCGGUCGAUGCUGGAUGAGCACUUCUUGGUGUGGGGCGAUGAGCUGCGGCACCGGGAGGGCGACCGGGUGGCGCGGCUGCUGCGGUGCAGGAGAUACCCACACAUGAGCAUCGUGCUGCCCGCCUCACUCGACGAACUCAGACAGAUCGCCAUUAUGGUGAGGAGGAAACGAGCAGCAGGGAACGAGGGAGGGAGGGAGGUGGCCCGCCAUUCUCUCUGUCUUGUCCCCAUCUGUGUCCAUAUAUCAAUGUUCAGGAGGGCGAGAUAAACCGCGACAAUGUGGUGGCCAACCUGACGCAGUGUCUGGAGCACAUGGAGCAGCACCGGGAGGAGAUCAGGCGCAGGCAGGCACAGCACGAGCACGACCGCCUCCUCCGCGCACAGCAGGACGCCGAGUACGAGGAGUCUCUCCGACUCGACGCCGAGCGGGAUAAGGAGCGGCAGAAGCAGCGGCAAAUAGAGAUGGAGCGGGAGGCCAAGCUGCGGGCCGCCCAGGAGGCCGCCAUCGAGCGGGCCCGUGUGCGCGAGGAGGAGCGCCAGGCCAUCAAGCGCGAGAGGGAGGCCAAGGCCGACGCCUUCAGGAAGGAGGACGCCAGCUUCGCCGCAAACCCGCCGCCCAAGGCCACUUUGACCAAGAUCGCCCUCCGGCUGCCGAGCGGCGUGCGGGUGGAGCGGGACUUUUUGCGCAGUGCCACCGUAACGACCCUCUACGAGUGGGCGGGCGCCCUGCCCGCCCUCACGGCCGAGAGGAAGGGGGGUGCGGUGGACGUGCCAGUGAGGUUCAUCCUGGGCAGCUCCUUCCCGAGCCGUCAGCUGGAGGCGGCGGGCACGCAGACGCUCGAGGAGAUGGGCCUGUGUCCGAAUGCCAUGGUGCUCCUGACGCAGCUUGAUGAUCAGGACUCGGAUGAGGAGGAGCUGGUGGACGCUGAGGAGGGCGGACAGACGGCUCCUGUGGCUGUGGUGUGAUCAUGGCCGGCACGGCGGCGGCAGAGUCGGGAGGUCGGGGGGCAGUGGGGGUGAAGCGUUUGUUCGUUUGUUUGUGUGUAUGUGUGUCUGUCUGUCUGUCUGUCUCGUGUGUGUGUAUGUGAGUUUUGAUACUGAAUGCGUGUGACCAUGCGUGUCGACUGUUUGUGCCUGACUUGAGUGAGUG